UAUAUUUACCUUUCAUUUUAUGUAUGUAUUUCUUUAUUUACAAUUUAUUAAAAUGAACAUUGGUUAUAGUAUUAAUUUAUGGCAUUAUAGUAUUUAUGAUUUUAAAAUCAUUCAGAUAUUCAGCAUCUGAGUUGGCUAAUUUGCAGGACCCCUUUUUUUUCUCAGAAAUUAAGCCGUUUUACAAGCUUUUUAAAUGUCUGUCACCAUGAUACAGAAGGCAUACGGGUUAAUAAAACGUUAGAAGUGAUUCAGUUCAGAGAAUGUAAAGCAAGAAUAAAAUAAUAUAUACAUAAUUAACAAUUGAUUCGUCUAAAAAAGCUUUAAAUUGCAAAUUAAUUACAUUUAAAGCUUAAACGACGUGUUCGUUUAGUGUAUGUCAGGUGCACUGGUUAUUGACCUAAACUAAAGGAAAGGGUUACAUUAUUACCCAAACAUGAAACGUCAAGAGUGCGCAUUAAAACACCUCCCAACUAAUGAAUAUCAAACAAGGUCUUCAGAGAUUAGCAAAUCAACUUCCACUUUUUUAGUGUCAUAACAAAAGGGGCGGGAACAGUUACAAAACGCAUCAGUAACGCGGGAGUUUUCAUAACAGCUUGUUUUCAAAGGAAGUGUGUUGAAUAACCCCACUUGCAUAGACAUGGAUGAAAAUAAAACUGAUUUAAGUUUAAAGACGAUGCAACUUUUACAGGAGAGGACACCGCCUCAGGAUCCAGGAAUGGACGGGCCAGAGCGUCGGACGUCCCGGCGAAUCAGAGAGAAACAAAACCAAGAAAAGAACCAAAUUUUAUCCCCAAAAUGUCUGACAUAUACGUCUGAGAAAAAUGACAGUGAGGAAGAAGAUGAUAUUGAAGAGGCAGAAGUAAAGGAUGAUAAGGAAUCUCUUCCCGGUUACCGUGAGGGUUUGUCUGAAUAUGAGCUGGAGCGACUGGAGAAUAUCAGACAGAACCAGGCCUUCCUCCAUUCCCUGAAUUUACCUCAGAUAUCUGAAGCUCUGAGACCCAAGCCGAAACCUACUCAGAAAGGCCUGAAAAGGGAAAAGACAGAAACAGAGAUGCUCCCUGUUCGCAAGUCACUGCGGUUACAGAAUAAGGGUCCUCAGAGAGCCAUUACUGUAGACACAACCUCUUACGCAGCCAGAGAGCCUGAAGAAAAACCAAAAAAAGCCCCAGGACCAAUACCACUCGAUCCAAUCAACCUGGAUGAACAUGUCAGGAUGCCAGAAGAUUUGGUAAAACUCUGGAAUGAGGUCCCAUUAAAACAAGAAACAGGAACAUCAGAUUUGAAAUCGUACCAACAAAUGCUGCAGAAAUUGUCUAUCAAUGACAGCUGUGUGGUGAAAGUUGUGCAAGAUCGGAUCUGUUCAGCAGCUUUUCACCCCACCUCUUCCAACUUGCUCAUGGCAGCAGGAGACAAGUCGGGCCACCUGGGGCUCUGGAAGCCGGAUGCUAGUUGGGGCAAUGAUGGUGUAAUCUACUUUGAACCCCAUUCUCGUGCAAUUACCAGCAUGGCCUUCUCAUUUCACCCUUGCAACCUCAUCACAGUGAGCUAUGAUGGCUCUGCACGCAGCAUGGACCUGGAGAAAGCAGUGUUUGAUGAGGUGUAUCGCUCAUCCUCUGGCCUGAAAAGUUUUGACUUUUUGUCAACUGACUGCUCCACUUUACUACUUGGUGAAUGGAAUGGGGAUGUUGCCGUCGUUGACCGUAGAACUGAGAAAGCAUAUGAAUCUCUGUAUACCAUGGCUCUAAAUCCUCUGCGCUGUGUUCAUGUCCAUCCUGUGCAACAGCACUACUUUGUAGCGGCAGAGAGCAGAUUUGUAAAUGUAUAUGACUUGCGCCAUCUGAAAAGAAACAACAAUCUAGCAGUUGGUGAACUCAUCGGUCACAGCCGCGGAGUCGCCAGUGCCUUUUUCUCCCCACUCACAGGCAACAGAGUUCUGACCACUUGUAUGGACAACAUGAUCAGGGUGUUUGACACUUCCCUAAUGAAUGGCAGAUCUCCUGUACUAAAUUCAAUUAAGCACAACAUGCAGACGGGUCGGUGGUUGUCCAAGCUAAGUGCAGUGUGGGACUCCAAGCAGCAGGACUGUUUUGUGAUUGGCAGCGUAGACAGGCCUCGCCGAAUGCAGGUAUAUCACGAGAGCGGUCGCCGCCUUCACACUUUUCAAAACAUGGACCACCUGACCACAGUGUGCUCCAUCACGGCAUUCCACCCAAGCAGGAACACUCUGCUUGGAGGCAACUCAAGUGGGAGGCUGCACAUAUUUACUGACAGUUUCAUCAACUAGAAAAUAUAAAAUUCUUUAUCUGUUUGUUUAUUUGAUGUGUUGGUUUUCUGCUUCCCUCUUUUUUCCCUUUUUUGUACACGCAACAGCAUUUGCCUGUAUGGUUGUUUUAUAUAAAAUAUGCUGUUUGUUUUUGUUCCUGUAACAUUAAAUAUAUAAUAUUAAAGAAAAAAAUAAACUCUUGAAUCUUA